UCAAAUAUAACUGCCAACACCCAUCAGUGAAGACAAGAAUUGAUCAAAACUACUCUAAUUGACUAAAUCCAGUGAAAAUCUCAAUCUUUUACCUGUUUUAACUGAACAACAGAUGAUCGGAAAGAUCUGAAACCUCUGUGUCAAAUAUAAAGAGCAAAACCAUGGCCAGGAUGUUCUUUGUGACUGUGCUUUACUGCCUUUUGCUGCCCCUUUUCCAGUCAAAGAUUGAGGAGAGUCAGUAUUGCUCAACACAGGGGUCAAUGGCCUCUGUUUAUUCACCUGUGAGUUCAACAAAUGAGGGAUUUUUUCAUGCAGAUUUGAAUUUGGAAAAGAGUCUGUUUGAGACUGUUGCUGCAUAUGUGGAAAGAAUAGUUCUCCCUAUUUUUGUUGCUAUUCCCGGAACAGACACUAAUAUCAUUAUAAGGAAACUCAACAUCAUAAAGGAAUGCAAUUAUUUGGACAACAAUGCAAAAUGCAUCUGCUUUGAUGAAGACAUGCAGAACAAUACAAAGUACAGUGUACCAUCUUCAGAAAUGCCCUGCGACACUAAUUGUAGCCAUCUGUAUAUGGAUGGAAUGAAAUUCUGUCCAGAAAAUGUGAAAAUUCUAACGAUGGAAGUUAAGGCAACAGGUUCAUUUAAACUCAGUGAAACUUCUGAUGCUGAAGACCAUAAGACAAAUCUGACCACAAUCCUUGCCAGCUCUUACAGCAACUUGGUUGGCUUCCGCUGUGUCAAAAUACUUCAGAUUCGAAAUAGAAACACAGUUGACUAUGAACUUACAGUCAAUGGACGGACAAAGUCAAAAAACUUAUGGAGUCACACCCAAGAUGUAGCUUAUCUGACCAAUCAGAGUUUCAAAGUGGAUUUAAAAUCCUUUCAAGUGAAGUCAACAGGACUGGUGACGAUUGAAAUAUCUCCUAAAAUCGUUCAUUAUAAGAAACCCCUAACUAUAAAUUGUACAAUUGAUGAUAAUGUAGAAUCCGUGAACUGGUUCAUUUUAGGACCUGGAGAUGAGGAAGAAGCAAAUAUUUCUGCACGUCAUUAUAGUUUUGAGAACAAUUCUGCAUCUAAUUCCAUUCUUAAAAUAAAUGCAACUUCAAUAUGGAAAGGUAAAUACUACUGUCGUUUUUAUUUCGCACGUGGAUCACUUGUCCAUGAAGCUAGUGGAGAUUCAAACAUUUACCUUCUUCCUGAGGAGAUCACAACAAUUCCAACACAAUACUCAGUUUCAGGAAAUGAGAGCAUCCCUGCCAAAUGUUGCAUCAAGGAUGAUGGAGAAAAUUAUGCUGUCACGUUGGAACCAAAAGGCAGCUCAGAUGGAGAUUCAGGUGAAUUGGAAUCAACUGUCAAUGGCACAAAGUGUUGGAAAUACGUAAUAAAUUUCAAUUUUGCAAACACUACUGUGUACAGUUGUACAUUCACAAAUAUGGUAAAGCAAAGCACAUCUGGAAUGAUAACUAUUUCUGUCCUAAAAGAGAAUGAAGCAUCAUGCAAGGGUGAACAGAUUGCAGGUUAUAAGUGGCAAACUACCGCAGCUGGCCAGUAUGCAGAAAGCAAUGACACCUGUGAAGAAGGAAAAGUUGGAAAAAUAAUAAGAUUUUGCAAUGAGGGAGGCAAAUGGAGCAAAGUGUUUGUCAACUGUACAAGCAAAACGCUCAUCAAAUUAUUGUUCUGGGCCCAGGAGCUAAGCAAUGGACGUGAUUCAACUUUCCAUGGGCUGCCAUUUGUAUUGAAAAACCUAACUGACUUUAAUGACAAGCAGGAGAACACUUUUCCAGAUAAUAUUGCUACAAUUAAAAUUCUGGAUACACUGACCUUAGCCACAGAGAGGUCAAAUUCUACAUUUAAUGAAAGUGUUAUGUCAGAUUUCUUCUCAAUAGCAAGCAAUGCAACACAAAACGAUGCAAAGAACAAAGAAAACAGUAGCAUCCAUUCAAGCUCAUUGAUGAGGUCUGUUGAAAAAUUCAGUGAAGCAUUUCAGGCUCCUCAGGAAAACUACAGUCUGAAUCUUCCAAACAUUAAGCUUAAAGGGCAAAUGUUUAACACUGUUCCCUCAAAAGGUUAUCGUGAGAUCUUUUCUGAAAAUUAUACAUCUACAGUAGAGAUAGAAAGCAACAGUUUGAAAGAUAGAGUAAAUAAUAAUUCUUUCACAAUAUCAAGCAUCCUAUAUUCAAACUUAGAUCAAAGUUUAUCUGCAAGAAACAAUCUACCAGAAGAUGUUAAAGAUUACUUUAUAAACAGCCUGGUCCAAUCAACUACAUUGAAAAUUAACAAUGGAACACAGAACAUGAACUCCAAGAUUACUAUCAACAUGUUUUUCUCUCCAAGAUCAGAGACAGGCAAUCCAAAAACUGCAAAGUGUGUAUUUUGGAAUUAUGAUCUCUUUGAAGGGGAAGGUGGCUGGUCAGAUGAAGGUUGCAAAUCAGUUGUUACUGAGAAAGGAACAAACUGUACCUGCACACACUUGACAUCAUUUACUGUGCUCAUGGCUGCAAAGAAAAUAAUUAUUCCAUUUCUUGAGGAAAUUACCUACGCAGGAUUGUUCAUUUCCAUUGGGUCCUUGAUAUGUUUUAUCACUAUUGAAGUUGUUGUGUGGAAAACAGUUGUCAAAAACAAUGUCACCUGUUUUCGUCACAUUACCCUCAUCAAUACUGCUAUUGCUUUGUUAUUUGCCCAAUUGUUCUUCCUGAUUGGUUCAAUUCAACCUGUUAAAGACAAUGAAACAUUGUGUACAAUUGCUACAAUUUUCACCCACUACUUUUUCCUUUCUGUAUUCUUUUGGACAUUGGCUCAAAGUUUAACACUUCUCUACCGGCUUAUCUUUGUUUUCCAUCAGAUGAGCAAGACAACCUUUAUGUCAUUUUCUUUUAUUCUUGGCUAUGUUUGCCCCUUGGCGAUAGUCAUUGCUGCAACGACAAACUUCAUCAGCAAAGGCAAAUAUAAGAGAGAAAACAUAUGUUGGCUAAAUGUCAUUCCAUUUGGAAAAGUCACUGCCUUUCAUACAUUUAUCGUACCAGUUGGAUGCAUUAUUGGAAUCAAUAUGUUUAUCCUGACAGCGGUCAUUGUGAAAAUAAUGAGGCCAUCUGUAUCAGAAGGAAAAAACAAGGAGGAUAAAGAAACGCUUAAGAAAAUCAUUAAAGCUGUCCUUAUUCUAACACCAACUUUUGGAUUGACUUGGGCCGUUGGAUUUCUCUUAACUGAGAAUGCUCCAUAUUUUCUCCACUACGCAUUUGCUAUUUUAAAUUCAGUUCAGGGUUUAUUUAUUUUACUAACUUCCAGUUUCACAGAAACAAAGGUACGGGCAGCCUUCAUAAAGCACUUUAAGUCAAUGACUUUUCAAAGUACAUCUGAGAAUGUCUACUCAAAAACAACAGCUCAUUCAAUUCUAAAAUAAGGUUAGACAGAAUGGAAAAUCGGAAGUUCUACACCAAUACACUUGGCAGUUCCUUUGAUAAUUCCCAUAAUACAUUUCUUAGCAAAUAGCGUAUAUGUAUAUAUAUAUAUAUAUAGGUUAUGGCUUUUUCAAUAUUUUGGAAUAUCAGACAGAAAAUAAGGAACCAAUUGAAAUGUCUUACCGUGAGUUGUGUUUUGUUUUAUUAAAUAUUAGCUCUAAUCCAAAAAUGUCAAACUUCGUGUGCUAGAUCUAGAUGUGUAUUUUACAUAAAUGUGACUUAUUUUGUCAUUUUAUAUCAUAUUAUUCAAAUGUUAGAACUCAAUGAGAAUGAAGCGUGGACAUAAAUGUCUCCAGUAUUCGUAAAUGGAAGUUCAAAUGUAAACAGCAGCAAGGUUGUUUAUCUUUUUUUCUGUAGAAUCAUCUGUUUGAUUGGAGGCUUUGAUUUUAAUCACUGACCUGAUUUGUCACUAUUGUAUGAGGAAAAGGAGGAUAUAUAUGGUUCUGAUUGACUAGCAGACAAGGACUAUUACAAUUUGUGAUGUUGGACCAAUUACAGGUUCAAUGAUUCCGUACAAAUCUACAAAUAGCUUCCACGAAAACAAUUUGAUUCGAUUUCUAAUUGGCAUCAAAGCUGAAUUUUAAGUGAAGAUUAUAUACACAUCUUUUGAUAUUAUUACUCGAUGAAGAAAAAAUGGAAAUAAGAAUUCCUUCUCAGCUCAGAUAGUUCUCAAGUUCACCAAGCACUUAAUAAGAAAUUCAAUUUCUAGUCUUGAGGACAUCUGAGUCCUACAGAACUUCAGUUGCAAAUCAGCCAACCUGAAAUUGUUCAUUUUCCAAAGAAUAAAGGAAAGCACUUGUCCAAAAUCAUUCUUAUCUACCUAUUUUAAUCCAAACUACCUGGCUUUAAGACACAUUCCACACAAGCAAUAUUAUUUUAAAUUGUCUUAUUAGUAGCAGAGGGCAAGGUAAAUAAUUUGCAAUGAAUAGCACAGAAUGAGGAACAUCAUUGUUGAAGCAAAAUCGCAUUAAGGUUCGAUGUGCGAUUUUAAUUGCAUGGUAUUUAGAUUAAACAUCAGGGAUGUAAAAUUAUGUUGAAAAAUUAAAACAUUUUAGCAAAUUUGUUGGGAAAAGAAUUUUUCUUGCUGUUUCAUAUGCUUUACAAAUCAAUUAAUAAAGUAAGUAGUCUACUUGAAAAAAGUAAAACUUUCAAAUAUCAUGAAAUUACCUUUACUAUUUCAUAUAGAUGCAAAUGUGUGUGCUUCAGCCAUGUUAUAAUAUUCAGGUGAUGGGAUAAAAAUAACCAUAUUUUCAGCAUUUAACAUUCUAAAGAAUCAAUUAAAUGACAAUGAUUUAAUAACCUA